UCCUGUGGAAUGAAGCUUUCCUCCUCGCUACUUUCGUGUCAUCUGUGAACAUAUGAAUUGAACCGGCAACAUUUUAUUAAUGCAAUGAGAUGCCCCUGAGUUGCAUUUCUGUGACCCUAUGAAGUGUAUACACGCUCCUAUUUAAAUAUAUUUUCACUAAAUUAAUCGAUCUAGAGCAUUAACUCCUUUUCUGUCACAUCCAACGCUGUCUGACCUGCUCUCCUGAUUCCACCCGUCCAGUAUUUUAACUGAGUGUUCAUUUUAAUAUAUCUGGCAUUAGAAAGAAUCCGACUUUCUUCUGCAGCUAGUGCUUGAUUUCGAUAGAGUAAUUGCAUCUUAGUUAUUCCGCUGUAUGCCUACAAUCAUCAGCUAUUUACUGGUAUGAAUUCAGAUUGCAUCACAGCGUGCGACUAUCCAUAAAACAUACACUGUGUUAAUUCCAGACUAAAGGGAAGCAGAUCUUAGCAGCAUCGUCUGGGUUUCAAGUCGACCGCCCACAAAAUUGUAAAGCUGAAGUCUCAAAUACGACAAUAUUAUAGCUGUCACGCGUUGUUAACCUCGGUUCUUGAUGCCAAAAAAAAAGUCAUUGAGCUUUCCAGCUUCUGUUUGGAAGUAAAGUUAGCCCUCUCCCCUCGGUGUGAAAAACUGAAAUGUUGAGACGAAAGGGCUGAACGUGCUGAGAGGGCAAUGGACCUGAUCUCUGGUUCCUAUGGUGAAAGGCGUCCACUGAUUUGCGUCUGUGCUUAAACCCGCAGAGAGUCACCAGAUAGCCGGGCCACAUCCGACUCUGUGCUCAGAGAAUAAUUCCUCUACCAGUAUCAUUUGAACAGCAGCAAAGCAAGUUUGUUCCAACAUCGGAUUAGCUGCAGCGAGCUCUGGUUGCAUCUAAAUGGUACAUAUACGUUCGUCUGUUGGUGAUUGCUGAGAGAUUGCAAUGACUUCGCGGUAAUUUGAAAUAAAAUUACAAAAUGUAGCUACUGACAGCACACCAAAGGCUAAAUGGAAGGCCGAAGGAUUGUAAAUAUCAACAAAAAUCAGUAUUCGCCCGGCUUUGUGGAAAAUUAAGGACUGAUCUAAUCUCCGGAAAGAAAAUAUAUUUUUCAAAAAGGAGUUUAUUUUUCAUUUGAUCUCCAAGUACAGCUAGAGUUCAGAGGAUUGCUGUAGUAUUCUAUCAUUGGGUUAGCUUUGCCAUUAAACUUUGAUCUUGAUGCCCAGUUACUGUGCCGAAUUAAAUUGCCAAUCAACCGUUGGAUCUUCUAAAUGAAGUCCUCAAAUCUGUCUAAUGUUUCUAAGGCGCAUAGUUUUCUUUUUGCUGUAUUAUUUGUAAUAAACAAAACUGUAUGCGGUCCCACCGCACUAGCGUGGAAAACAUGGAAAAUCUUCCUCCGAAUCCGAUCUCUUCGAACGCCUCCUGCACAGCUCAGGAGGCGCAUUGUUUGCCCGCGAAUGACAAUGGGACCAAUUCGACAGGGCCGGGUCCAUACCCUGACUUUUACAUUGCUAUCCCCAUCAUUUAUUCGGUUAUAUGUGCUGUUGGGUUAACGGGUAACACUGCUGUCAUUUAUGUUAUCCUCAAAGCUCCGAAAAUGAAAACAGUGACAAACAUGUUCAUACUGAACCUAGCCAUCGCCGAUGAACUUUUCACGCUGGUUUUACCCAUAAACAUUGCUGACUACCUGCUGCUUCAGUGGCCCUUUGGCGAGCUGAUGUGCAAAUUAAUCAUUUCCAUUGAUCAAUAUAAUACUUUCUCCAGCAUUUAUUUUUUAACUGUCAUGAGCAUUGACCGCUACCUGGUGGUCCUGGCCACUGCGAGGUCCAAGAAAAUGUCCUAUCGCACUUACAGGGCGGCUAAGAUAGUCAGUAUAUGCGUUUGGCUCUUUGUUACUGUCAUCAUUUUGCCCUUCACAAUUUUUGGCAAAAUCCACGAUGACGAAGGCAGGCUACAAUGUGUCUACGUGUUUCCAGCUCCUGAGAUUCUGUGGUGGAAAGCUAGUCGGAUCUAUACUCUCCUCAUGGGAUUCACCAUCCCGGUGUCCACAAUUUGCAUCCUGUACUCAAUGAUGUUACUCAAGUUGAGAAACAUGCGUUUGAACACCAACGCCAAAGCUCUGGACAAAGCGAAGAAGAAGGUGACAUUAAUGGUGAUGAUUAUCCUAGCAGUCUGCCUUUUCUGUUGGACGCCUUACCAUUUGAGCACGAUCGUAGCAUUAACAACAGAUAUUCAACAGACCACGCUCAUCAUUGGAAUCUCCUACUUUAUCACUAGCCUGAGCUAUGCGAAUAGUUGUCUUAAUCCUUUCCUUUAUGCCUUUUUAGAUGAUAGCUUCAGAAGGAGCUUUCGGAAACUGGUAGAAUGCAGAACAGCACCCUAAUGUUUAUAGUUUUGGCAAACGCGUCCAGUUAUUGAAUGUCGAACGUUUAUUUGGAAUACUGUGCACUUCAAAUGCGUUCUGCUGCACAUACUUUCAGAAAUGCUCAUUAGUUAUAUUCAAAAGCCUUUAAUAAGAUAAUUAUGCUGGGGGAGUAAGAAUGGGAUUUGCGUUUAUUAAAGUAGCAGAUUGUCUCGAAUUUCUAGUAUGAUAUGGUAUAAAAUUAAAAUAUGCAUGCUAUUAAAACGUAUUGUACUUAACUUAAAAACCAGGAUAAAGUUAAUGUGCAUGGUUUGAAUUGUUCUAUUAUAUUAUAUGUAACAUUAAUAAGUGCAUGCUCAUGAUAACUGCUGUGUGUUGGUCUCUUACACACGGAUAUAGCAAUAGUUGUUUAGAUGUCAGAAAAAAAUCCUUCACUGCUUGUUUCUGUAUAUUUUACACAGAAAUUUUCAUUUCAGACAUAAGAUCAAAACUAUGUACACAGCUCCUGUUAAAUAUCAUGAAGACUUUACUAAUUUUCAUGAUGUAAUUUCAAAAUGUUCUUUAUAAAUCAAUUACUUAAUUUGCAUUAUCUGACAAUAAGCUGUUUAGUAAAUGUUUCCUAUUCAUCAUUUUGACUGCUGUUUUCUUUAGCUGCUAAGGAAAUUCUGAAAUCACUGACAGAAAAUAGGAUGCUUGCCCCUGCAACCACCUUCUACUUUCUAUUUGAUAUUGGCUGCUUCAGAGAUGACCAUAGAGGUUUGCUCUUAAUGCAGUUUCUAAUGAUCUGUGACAGAUGCAUAAUAAUGGAACCAUUUUUUUCAUCUAGCUAGUCUAGUAAAUAAUGAAACUGAUUACAAGCUAAUACAAUUUUGUUUAAUAAAUGUGAGAUAGAUAAGCAGCAGAUUUUUAAUCUUUACUCUUCAGUUUCAAAUUGAAGACAAAGGGAUGCAAAAUCCCUGCUUUAACAUUUAGUGACAGAUAGUGUUAAAAAAGUUAAAAGUAACAUAGACUUACCAGACCAUACACUGCUGUUUCAUCAGAGAGAGAUAACUAACAUAGUUUAAACUGACGGUCGUCAUACCUCAGGCAAAUGGAGAGGUUGGGAAGAAGUAAUAGUAACCUGAGCAAGUGCAGGAAUUGAACCCAUGCUGUUGGCAUCAUUCUGUAUGGUAAAGCAGCCUCACAGUGUUAAAUAAUGAACAUAAAAUUGUAAAAUUUAACCAUUUUCUUUUAGUCAGCAUGUGAGAAGCCUGGAAUGUAUAUGUUACUGACUUGCCAUGCUGAUGUAACAAAGAAUUUUUUGUGAAAAAAAUGCAUAUAUAUUUCAGAGCAACAUUCUUUGAGGGCUUUUUUUUGGUUUAACUCUACAAUUCCCUGGAGCCUCAAUGCAAGUACUUGCCAUAUCUGAAAGUUUCCAUCAAAAAGUGUACUAUUGUGUUAAGGUUAAAAAUUACACAACACCAGGUUAUAGUCCAACAGGUUUAUUUGGAAGCGCUAGCUUUCGGAGCAUCACUCCUUCAUCAGGUGGUAACGGCAUUCCAAACAUUAGUGCUUCCCAAAAAGACUAUAACCUGGUAUUGUGCAAUUUUUAACUUUGUCCAACCCAGUCCGACACCAGUACCUCCAAGUCAGGACUAUUGUGUUAGCCUUUUUUUGUAUGUGCCUUUUUAAUGAUUUUUCACACAUAUACUUUAUAAUAAUCUUCACAAAACUUGAACUCAAAGCUCAAUUUUCAGUCAUGGAUUUUUUCUCAUCAAAAGGCUUGAUAGAACUGAGGUCAGUCCAAACAGACAUUUUUUAUCUUUCACAAGGGGUUAUUUUUCUCCAACAUAAAUACUGCAGUUACCAUGCACAAGUCAUUAUCAUUCAACUAUGUGAGCAUUGUACUGCAAUUAAGAGAAAAAAACCUAAAAGGUUUAAGGUAUUCUACAAUAUAGAAGAUCGUUUCCUACAAUAUUCUUAUAAAGUAUGUGGAGAAAAUACUUGUGCAGAUUAUUUACAGAUUUUAAAAUAAAAUAUGAUUCACCAUUGAAAUC